AUGACAAAGAUUCCUCUAGUUUUUGUGGUUCUUCUCGCUUCUGCUCACGCAUUCGACUCUUCCUCUUCCAGCGAAUCGUGUGAAGGUGAGUUCGAAUUCAGAAGACGUCACGAAGAAAUAUAUAUUUUCAGGUUCGGAUGAAGGACACGGACACGGCGGAGGACACGGCGGAGGUGGUGGCCGUCCAAGACCUGGAAAUGGAGGUGGUAACGGAGGAUGUGGCGCCGGAUGGAAGAGAUUUAACCGGCCGUCCGGCGGAUGGUGCAUCAGAGUCUACGGAGGCAUUCUCGACCAAUCGGUGGCGGAAAGUCAGUGCCAAUCGCAUGGAGGACUCCUGUCCGGAGUGCAGAACUAUGAAGAGAUCACCUACAUUACAGGUCAGUUCCAGCGGAAAACCUUCGCUUCUGUCGGUGGGCUGUAAGUAUGCUCUACCGCACUUUAGGUGGGAAACUUUUAAAAUUCUAGCGAGAAAAACGCUUGAAAACAGCAGAAUAGAGAUUUCAUUCGGUUUGCAGGAGCAGCUCUGUCCGUAAUGCCCCAAUCAACCGGUUCCCUUUGGAUCGGAGCAAAGAGAACGGGCGCUUGCAGCAAUCAACCCCUAACUGCCACGUGCACAGCGACCAACUCGUUUUACUGGACCGACGGAUCCGCGAGCGGAGUCGCCGGAUGGGUCUGGGACCCAUCAAAGCAGCCGGAUAACGCCCACGGACGGACUCAGCAAUGUGUGAUCCUGUUGGCGGCUGCGAGUUCGACGGUCUCAGUGGGAACUGCGACGUGGGCGGCGAAUCACCUCGACGAUGUUUCGUGUAGCCAGGUCGGAAUGGCCCCAGUGUCCACGAGAAAAGUGGUCGGUUACGUCUGUGGAAAGAGGCCGCGUCGCAACUGA